UUGCUCCUCGUCAAGAUUUAAUUACUUGUCUCUCUCUCUCUCUCUCUUCUUCCUUCCACGGACGGAAUUGGAGUUGUAUUCCGACAUUCCAUUUCUUGGAUAGCGGUAUUCCGACGCCGCCGCCGACACAGCUUUCGUCCUGCAAGGGCCCAUCUUGAUUUUUGAGAGGUGGGUAUUGUAGACGAUGAUGGCGGUGUUCUCUCUCUAUCUUUUCUCUCAUUUGGGCUGAGAAAAUAAAAUAAAGAAAAGAAAAAGUGAGUUCUGGCAGUCAGAAGAGUGAGAAGCAACUUCAAAUUUGAUACUUUCUUGAACAAAUCUUGGUAGUGUAAGGAGGUAAGCGCCGAUCUGAUGAAGAUGAAGUUGAAGAUGAGAAAACCGGCUCUGUUUCUGCUUCUUAUGACCGUUAUCGCCCCCAUUGUCCUCUACACCGACAGAAUCGGUAGCUUUAGAGCUUCUUCAACUAGAGAUGAAUACAUAGAAGACAUCUCCACUUUCACUUUGGGUGCUGAUGUUAGGGCUUUAAAUUUGCUUCCUCAGGAGCCAUUAACAACCUUAAAAGAACCGUUAGGUAUUGUCUUUGUUGAGAACAGCACAUCUCAAAUUCAAACUCCCCAAGAUUCCAAUUCCACGACAGGAGAAAGUCUUCGGAAGAACAGUAGACAACUAACCGAAGAAUCAAUUGAGAACAAGACAACAACAAAUAAGGAAAGUGUGAUUAAUAAUCAUACUUCAGUUGAGAAUCCUAUCAAACAGGUGACCGAAAGAAAGCAUAAAGCAGGGAAGCAAGGAGCUAUUAAGGAAGUAGCCUCUUCGAAAACAAAAACCAACACUGAGAAAUUGAAUAAUCCAGUGGUAGUAGUAGACGAUGGUGUUCUUCAGCUUAAAGAUCAGCUCAUUAGGGGAAGAGUAUACCUUUCUCUUUCAGCUACGAGAAACAACCCACAUUUCGUUAGAGAACUUCGUCUACGAAUGAAGGAAAUCCAACGCCUGCUUGGCGACGCAGUUAAAGAUUCCGAUUUACCUAAAAGUUGGAACGAUAAGAUGAAGAGCAUGGAGCAAACGUUGGAAAAAGGUAAACAAAUUCAAGACGACUGUACAUCUGCGGUUAAGAAGCUUCGGGCAAUGCUUCAGUCUACAGAAGAACAAGUUCGGGUUCACAAGAAACAGGCUUUGUUCUUGACUCAUUUGACUGCGAAAACUAUGCCCAAGGGUCUUCAUUGUCUUCCUUUACGUCUUACUUCUGAAUAUUUUACGUUGGAUUCUUCAAAACGUAAUUUCGCGAAUCAAGAGAAUCUUGAGGACCCAUCUCUCUUCCAUUAUGCUUUGUUCACUGAUAACGUCUUGGCCGCCGCCGUCGUUGUGAAUUCAACUAUUUCCCACGCCAAGGAUCCGACAAAACAUGUUUUCCACAUUGUGACUGACAAACUAAACUAUGCAGCCAUGAGCAUGUGGUUUCUGUCGAGUCCCCCUGGGAAAGCGACGAUACAAGUCCAGAAUAUCGACGAGUUUACAUGGUUAAACUCCAGUUACAGUCCGGUUCUUAAACAGCUCGGUUCUCAAUCGAUGAUAGAUUAUUACUUCAAGACUCGUCGAUCAGAUUCUGAUCCUAAUUUGAAGUAUCGCAACCCAAAGUACCUUUCGAUGAUGAACCAUCUUCGGUUUUACUUGCCCGAGAUCUUCCCGAAACUUAAUAAGGUUUUGUUCUUAGACGACGAUAUAGUGGUACAGAAGGAUCUUUCAGGGCUUUGGAAUAUUGAUAUGAAGGGAAAAGUUAACGGAGCAGUCGAGACAUGUGGCGAAAGCUUUCACAGAUUCGAUAGAUAUCUUAACUUCUCGAAUCCAUUAAUUUCGAAGAAUUUUGAUCCCCACGCCUGCGGGUGGGCAUAUGGGAUGAAUUUAUUUGAUUUGCUAGAAUGGAAGCGGCAGAAUAUUACAGAGGUUUACCACUCAUGGCAAAAUCUGAACCGCGAUAGACAGCUGUGGAAGUUGGGGACGCUGCCACCCGGUUUGAUUACGUUUUGGAAUCGAACAUAUCCCCUUGAUCGAUCUUGGCAUGUUCUUGGUCUUGGGUAUAACCCGAGUGUUAGUUUGAAGGAGAUUGAUAGAUCGGCUGUGAUGCAUUAUAAUGGAAACUUGAAACCGUGGCUUGAGAUUGCUAUACCUAAAUUCAGAAGUUACUGGACGAAAUACGUUGAUUACGACCAUGUUUAUUUACGGGAGUGCAACAUAAACCAAUAGAUUGAAUCUUAAUCCUCCCCAAGUGUUAUAACACUCUGUUUAAUCCGAUGUCAUUGUUGAUCGAACAUGUAUGGAUGGCCUCCAGGAGGUUGGGUCGGUUAGGGAUAUGAUGAAAAGGUUCAAGAAAAAACGUUGGUGGGGAGCUAAAUAAGGCGGUUUUGUUUGAUUUUGUUGUAUCAUUCAUAUAUUUUUUGUACUGUAAUUCGUGAAAGAUCCAUGUAUAAUGAUGGUAUAUAUAAUUGGUAAGUUUCAUGUGUAAUGAAAGGGGUAAUUCUUUUUGUU